UCCUGUUGUAAAUUAGUUCAUUUCGAACUCCGUCUUACUUCGAGGCAUUUAAACACUCUGAUUCGAAGGUUCCGACAUUCUCGAUUACCUUUAUCUCUCUCGCGCAACGAUUGUUCCUUGCAGCAUGCUAUCGCGCUUCUUCUCACCAUCGGCAGUGGCUGCCUGGACCAUAAUAUCAGUGAUCUCAGUUACUUCCUGCGGGCCCACUAUUCCCCAUGACAUCUUUCCGAGAACUCCUGCGACGGGCAUCGAUGUGAAGACACUUGCGCCAUACCUCUCCCCCGGAGCUGAAAUCCAUCUCCCAGGUAGCACUAAGUUCACUACGUACACGGUUCGAUGGUCAAACUUGGAAACUCCUACACCGAACGUCGUCAUCGCGCCCGGGACUGAGGAGGAUGUGGCAAAGAUUGUUAAAUUCGCAUUCGAACACGAUAUCCCUAUUCUUGCUUACAAUGGUCAUCACGGCACCAUCACCACGCUGGGGAGGAUGGACUACGGAAUUGAGAUUUACCUGCCUCAUCUAAACACCAUUUCUAUUGCCAAGGACACAAAGUCAGUGACGGUUGGUGGUGGUAUCAAUUCUAAAAACUUAACGGACGCUCUUUGGGCAGCAGGAAAGCAGACUGUUACUGGAACCUGUGAAUGUGUCAGCUUCUUGGGUCCUGCUCUUGGGGGUGGCCACGGUUGGCUUCAAGGUCAUCAUGGCCUCAUCAUGGAUCAGUUCAUCUCCAUGAAUGUCGUUCUCGCAAAUGGCGACCUGAAGACAAUCGACGCGAAGUCAGACCUGUGGUGGGGUAUGCAGGGUGCAGGCCACAACUUUGGAAUUGUCACGUCUGUCACGACAAAGAUCUAUGAUAUCGUGCAUCCAAACUGGGCGAUUGAAACUAUCAUCUUUAGUGGUGAUAAGGUUGAGGCCAUCUACGAAGCUGCUAACAAGUACAUCAUCCAGGACGGGAACCAGAGCUCAGAUAUUAUCAACUGGUCCUAUUGGCUGAAUGACGCAUCCCUCGAUGCGGACAAGCCUGUUAUCAUCAUGUACAUCAUCCAAGAAGGCGUUAAUACCGUCGAUCCUAGAUACACGAAACCUUUCCACGAUCUUGGACCGCUCGUCAUCUCGCCCCAAUCUGGCACGUACAAAGAUCUCGGUACCUGGACAAACAUCGCAUUGGACUCUCCUCCCUGUCAGGACUUCGGCUUCAACAAUCCGCGUUUCCCUAUCUAUACGAAGUCUUACAACAUCACCGCGCAGAAGAAGGCAUACGAUCUCUACGCAUCAGCUAUCUCGGGAACUGACUCGCCGUAUUACAAUUCAAUCUUCAUGUUUGAAGACUAUGCCACAGCAGGUGUUCGUGCGCGUGAUAACAGCGCUACCGCUUAUGGUCACCGACAAGAACUCACACUCGCGGCACCGUUGAUUAUUUAUAACUCUACCGAUCCGACAAGACAUGUUGCUGUGAAACAACUGGGCAACAAACUGAGGGAAAUCAUCCGAGAGGGUACUGGAAACGAGGAGCUGAAUACUUAUGUCAACUAUGCUUAUGGAAAUGAGGGGCCAAAGAGUUGGUAUGGAUAUGAGACGUCGCGUCAGAACCGUCUCAAGGCUCUGAAGGAAAAGUAUGAUCCCAAGGGGAAGUUUAGCUUCUACGCCCCUAUAGCCUGAUAGUAAAAGGGAUUAGUAGAACGAAAUAGCAGAGCACUGGAAAUACACUCUACCCUUGGCUUAUGGAGUUCGGGGUUACGCCUCGUUCUUGGAGAUUAUUUAUCACUUCCAGCACCUUUUUCACAGGGUAUAUAACUUAGGAUACACUAGCAACGAUGAAAAGACAGACUAUUGAUUGAUUCAGCAUCCAAUAGUUAGGUUAGUUUUCAAUGGAGCACCCUAGGUAUCAG